GCCUCCCUCUCUUGAUCUUCUCGAUCUCAAAAAUCAUUGAAACCUCCACAGAUCCAGGUUUUCUCUGUUAUCUCUGCAUCUCUCUCCUCUCUCUUUGAUGGAUGAGGUGGGAGGAGAGAGAGACCAUUGAUUUAGAACUUGCAGGAGCUGAGGCAACCCUAAAUCUUUAAAUUUUUGAUCGAUCCAUGUGCGAAAGAGCACUACCCAGAUGCCCCAUUUUGGUUAGCGUGAUAAAAGAGUCUCAUUUUUUGCUGGGCGAUGGACCUUCCAACAUUGACUCCUUAGGAUGCUAUAUUCAGAUCCCAGAGUCAUAUAACCAGAGACCCAUUUGAGCUUGAAUUGUUCUGUCAUUCCUAUUUGUUUCUAAAAGGAUUUGUCUUGGAUCGUUUUCCAUGAUGUAUUCUUAGUUCCGUGGGAAUGCAUCCAGCAAGGAAUGAAAAAGUUAAGGGGAGUGCUAUGAUAUUGCCAUUUCAACCUCACUUAUUUAAGUUUUCAAAAAAAAUUGCGCUAAAAAAUGUUGGAGGUGGAAUCAAGAGGAUCCAGUGGGCUUGAGGAUGACAUGUCAGUUCAAGUUCGAGAAGUCCGUGCAAAUGGGCUUUCCAUGAAAACCUCUGAAGUCGAAGCAAAACUUGAUGAGGGGAAUAUUUUGGAGGCAGAGUCUUCUUUGCGGGAGGGUUUGUCGCUCAAUUUUGAGGAAGCAAGAGCCCUUCUUGGAAGGUUGGAGUAUCAAAGGGGCAAUUUGGAAAGUGCACUUCGUGUUUUCGAUGGAAUUGACCUUCAGACUGCUAUACAGCGGCUUCAACCUUCUAUUACUGAAAAACCAUCAUCUUCUAGAAGGGGUCGCUCCCGCAGUGAAUCAGUGUACACACCUUCUCAGCAUGCUGCUAGCCUGGUUCUUGAAGCCAUAUACUUGAAAGCCAAGUCACUGCAAAAGCUCAGUCGAGCAAAUGAGGCUGCUCAGGAAUGUGGAAGUGUCCUUGAUGCUGUGGAGAGGAUUUUCCAAAAUGGCAUACCUGAUGUACUGGUGGACAUUAAGUUGCAAGAGACAGUUAGUAAAGCUGUGGAGCUCCUCCCAGAGCUUUGGAAGCAAGCUGAUUGUUAUCAGGAAGCAAUAUCUGCUUACAGACGUGCUCUUCUUAGUCAGUGGAACCUUGACAAUGAAUGUUGUGCAAGAAUUCAGAAAGCAUUUGCCAUGUUUUUGCUGUACAGUGGUGUAGAGGCAGGGCCACCCAGUUUGGCUUUUCAGAUAGAUGGCUCUUAUGUUCCAAGAAACAACCUUGAAGAGGCGAUUCUUCUUUUGAUGAUUCUUUUGAGGAAGUUUUACCUAGGUAAGACCAAAUGGGAUCCUUCGGUAUUGGAGCAUUUUACAUUUGCUUUGUCUCUAUGUGGCCAGACAUCUGUAUUGGCAACGAAUACUGAAGAGCUUUUACCUGGAACAUUUCAUCGUUGUGACCGCUGGAACACUUUAGCUCUUUGCUACAGUGCAUCAGGACAAAACAAAGUCGCCUUGAAUCUAUUAAGGAAGUCUCUACACAAGCAUGAAAGACCAGAUGACCCCCGGGCACUGCUAUUGGCUGCCAAGAUAUGUAGUGAGGACUCUCUUCUUGCUUCCGAGGGAGUAAAGUAUGCGCAGAGAGCGAUUGCAAAUGCUCGAGGGGUAGAUGACCAUUUAAAGGGUGUGGGUCUUCGCAUGUUGGGUCUUUGUUUGGGAAAGCAAGCUAAGAUUGCUUCCUCAGACCUUGAGAGGUCUCACCUUCAGUCUGAAGCUUUGAAAUCAUUAGAUGGGGCAAUGGCUUUGGAACGUGAAAACCCAGAUUUGAUUUUUGAGUUGGGGGUUCAAUAUGCGGAGCACCGGAACUCAAAUGCAGCCUUACAAUGUGCAAAACGGUUUAUAGAUGCAACAGGGGGUUCCAUAUUAAAAGGUUGGAGAUUGCUUGCUCUGGUUUUGUCUGCCCAACAACGGUAUUCAGAGGCUGAAAUCGUUACGGAUGCCGCUUUGGAUGAGACCUCAAAGUGGGAGCAAGGACCAUUGCUCAGAUUAAAGGCUAAAUUGAAGCUCUCUCAAUCAUUGCCCAUGGAUGCAGUGGAAACUUAUCGUUUUCUUCUUGCACUGGUCCAAGCCCAAAAAAAGUAUUUUGGGCCUCUCAGGAGUAGUAGCUCUCAGAUUGAGGAUGACAAGGUCAAUGAGUAUGAGGUCUGGCAAGGUCUUGCAAAUUUGUACUCCAGCCUGUCACAUUGGAGGGAUGCUGAGAUAUGUUUGGAGAAAGCUAGAGCACUGAAGCAAUAUUCUGCUGCAACACUGCACACAGAAGGUCUAGUGUAUGAAGGACAAGGGCAAAUCAAAGAAGCAUUGGCUGCUUAUAAUAAUGUUUUUCUACUCGACGAGACUUAUGUGCCUCCAAAGGUCCUACUUGGUGCUUUGUUGUGGAAGAUGAGCCCCAAGGCAUUGCCUGUGGCACGUAGCUUCCUCUCAGAUGCAUUGAGGCUUGAACCCACCAACCGUAUGGCUUGGUAUUAUUUAGGGAUGGUCCACAAGGAUGAUGGACGUUUAGCGGAUGCCUGUGAUUGCUUCCAAGCAGCAUCUAUGCUCGAAGAAUCACAUCCCCUCGAGAGCUUCAGUUCAAUACUGUGAGCUGGUGUUCUAUGGAAGCUUCAUAUUUCAGUCAACUUGAAGCUUCAGUUUCAAACUCAGCCAACUCUGGUGCUGCUUUAUCAACCAUAUUGCUUAUUAGGUAAAAUUAUUGAGAUUCAGGUUCAUUUGUGAUCUUGUAGAGGUUACAGUUUUGCUGCAAUCAAUACUCUUCACUAUCCAACCCUAGAUAGACAAAGCAUUAUAAGAUGGAUGUAUUUAUUUAUAGAGAGCUUCAGGUUGUUCGGGGUAUUCCAUGUAAUUUCAGUCUUUGCCUUUGUUAGCCAGAUGUUGUAAAAAGCAUAUGGAGGAUAAAUGCACAAUACAUAUAAUUUGCUUUUGUAAUUA